GCAUGCACCUGCUGUCUCCCGAUCUACAAGCAAAGUAAGCCCACUCCAGCCCAUCGCAGCGCGCCUUCUGCCGGCGCUCGGCCAAUCACCUGCCCCGCUGGUGGGCUUACAUUUGACCAAUCGCCUUCCAGCACCCGGAUCCCUCAUAAGCGCUCGGAGGAAGACGCUCCGCAGUCAUCUUUACGUUGACAACUGUCUGGACUACUUUGACGAGCGGUAAGUUUAAAAUAUAUAUCAAUAUUCUCUCUUUGUUUAUUACAAAUACCGAGCAUGCUGCAAAGACGGCAGAUUGAUACGAACUCUUUCUGUUACCGUCUCGGUUUUAGCCGUUGUGUCUGUCGCUAGCUUGUACAGCGACCGUCAAGCUUUUUUCAUACAGUAAUAAUAAUAUUUUACAUGAAUGUGAUCAAGUUUGCAGUUUGAUCACACUUGAUCGCGCUGUUCUGCUGCUGUUAUAACCCGCUGCUGUAAUAACCCGCUGCUGUAAUAACCUGCGCUUCGCGGAGGUUGUGCGCGCCGGUCGCCCCACUUAAAACCGGCCCGUUUAGCGCUAUUCAGAUUAGUUAUGACUUUCAUACAGUAAUAAUAAUAUUUUACAUGAAUGUGAUCAAGUUUGCAUCUUGAUCACACUUGAUCGCGCUGUGCUGCUGCUGUAAUAAUGCGCGCUUAGCGGAGGUUGUGCGCGCCGGCCGCCCCGCUUUAGCGCUAUUCAGAUUACAGUUAUGAUCAUCACUUUAUGAAUGAUCAUAAAUGCGGGCUUCUUUGAUUUUUGUCUACCUCCCGCCAAGAAAAUAAAUUGAAAUUACACUUGGUAUUAUAGCAACAACAUUAUACGAACAAGUAACACGAUUAUAUUAGCAAGUGUUGAUUAAUUUUAGAUAGAAUUAUUAUUAAUAUAUCCCAAUUUAAUUUUACUUAAUUCCCGCCUAAAAUAGCGCGGUUUUAAAAACAAAUGGAAAUUACACUUGAUAUAAUAUUGUUACUACAACACCAACAAGUCUUAUUUUUGUCUUUAAUACAUUUAUUGCAAAAAAGUUUAUUAUAAAAUUAUUUUUUUUUUAAUUCCCGCCUAAAACAAUGCGCUUUAUUUGCAGUAUAGUACAAUAUUUGAUACCUGGUGAUGCUUUAUAGCAUCAGUAAAUGGUAAAUAAAUGCUGCUGCUCAUUUGUAAGUUCUUUAAAUGCUGAUUGUAAAAAUUGACAUAAAAAUCCAGAGUAAUGAUCGUGCAAUAUUUCAAAUGAUAUUUCUACCAGUCACAUUGUGCUUAUGCUGCUCUCCUUUUAGAUCAUGUAUGCGUAUCCUGUGUUCCGUAAAACUCCUCAGGGUCGACUCCUGAUGGGGCCGACUGAGGAGGCAAAUAGGAGUACGGUGGUGGUGGCCGGGAGGGCCCGGCGUAAGGAGGAGGUUCUGGCCGAGGCCACUGCCUUUGUGAGGCAGAACGGAGGGGAUCCUGGUGACCAGUUCCUGGUUCUGGCUCAAGAUCCAGUUUGGAAAACACCAGAACCAGAGGUUCCGCUGGCUGCUGGAGAACUCCCUGGGUUACGCGGUGUACCUGGUCAGCAGCAUCAUGGGGGAGGAGGAGAGGGACAACCCGCUGUCGGCCAGCAAACACCUGUUUCUCAGGUACACCUCCCAGAUCAGGGAGAUAGGGGAGGCUGUGGAGGUGUAUCGGAAGAAACAGGCCUUGCUCCAGGAGGCCCAGAGGAGCGGUGACUCUGGGUGUUUGAUGGUGGAGUUUGGCGACUUCAAGGGCAGGUCCAUGAAGGAGGUGUAUGAGGACCCAGGCAAGGAGGCCCAGGCUCUCGUCACCUACCUGAAGACAGCAAAGGCCAGGCCCAACACCAACAUGGCCCUUUUCAAGGACUAUGUGCUGAAGAGGCAGGCUUCAGCUGUAGCCCACCUGCCCACUGUGACAGCUCCUUCCUCCUCCUCCUCCGCUGCUGCUCGACCUGCUGCCACUCAACCUGCUGCCACUCAGAGCAGGCCCCUGACGGCUGCCGGCAUUAACGCUCUGCUGGCACGUGGGAAGCAUUUGUCUCCCUCACAGUUGGCACGAAAAAUUGUUUCUCCAGCCAAACCCUCUCCAGUGCCACGUGUCCCCUCUCCAUCUACAUCCGCUGCCCGCAGACAGCUCUUUAACUGUGACGCUGUUGGUGCUGCUGGGGAUUUUUUUAAGGAGCAAGACGACCAGGAGAUGGUGACUGUGGCCUCGCAAGCUGAGGAAAAACUACCUCAAGAGAAUUAGCACUGAUCCCAGUGUCAGUCUACAAUCACUCUUCAAAGCAAAAAGGGUAUUUAAAGCCUCAAGAGGCCCUGCUCCUGCUCCUCCUGCUCCUGCUGCUCCUGCUGCUCCUGCUCCUCCAGCGCUGUGGACUCCUGGCCCCGUGUUCCAGCCCCCUGCAGAGCUUCCUGGACACUGGAAGGAGCAUCUUCCAUCUUUCCAGCAGGACUGGAUCCGGAAGGCUUUAUUCAGGGCUAACCCUAAAACAGGGAAGCCAGAGCUGGUGCCACAGCUCACCUUCUGGUGGUACCCUCCCCAGCCUCCGACCACCUUCACCCAGCCUCCUGCCUCUCCUGAUCUCUUCUUCUGCCGCCCUUUGUUUCUCUGGAUGCCUCUGAAGAUGUGGUCCAUUCCACUCAUCUGUGUCCAGCCAGCUUGCAAUAGUCACAGGUUGACUGCAGCUGGCCUGUACAGCACUGUGCGCAAGGUGCUGGACAUAGAUGGGUGGUAUGAUAUGGCCACAGAGUAUCUAGAAUGCAAAGGGUGCAAGAAGAAGUAUCCGGCCUGGUCAGAGGACAUCCUGGGACAGCUGGACAUGGGACACCGCGGGAAAUUUCCUGCCCUUUUGACAUACAGGCAUGACACAUUAAUGAUAACAGCAAUGUUCUAUAAUAUGCUUGUGCUGCACUAAACUAAAUGGUGGAAAAUUUCCUGCAUCACUUCAAUAAACACUGAGCAGAGCUAUUUUCCUGUCUGUACCGUAGGUACUCAUGCGACUACAGAGUGGUCAUCCUGAUGCGGGAGAGAACACAGGGCAACAGCGUCACGCAGCUUCACAAGAAGCUGCAAGAGGAGCACAGCGCAGCAUGGACCCGGCGCAUGCUGGAGUACUUUGCUGCCUGUGAGCCCUUCACUGACUCCUGUCUGGUCGAGCCGCCAGUGUUCUCUGCCCCCCCCACCCCUCCCGGCCCUCCCUAAACCCAAGUGGCUUCUGGCUGUGUACGCCAGGGACGUCCUGUCACGGCUGCCUGAGGUAAAGGCCAGAAUAACCUCUGUCUUUGGCUCCGUGCUCAAAAUGGACUCCACCAAAAAGGUUACCAAGAAACUGGCCGGUGCAGCUGCCAACACAGCUGGGUGGUGCACCAACAUCGGCAACGAGCACGGCCAGGUUCUGGUGUCAGUCCUGACAGCAGCAGAGGGCCAUGGACUGUGGCCCAUGGCGGCUGGUCUUAUGAGGCGCUACAGGGAGGCAGGAGUGGCACCUCCUGCCAUAAUGUAUGUGGACCGGGACUGCUGCAGCCCCCACGGACAGUCACAGGUCAGGGCCAUGUUCGCUGAGUGGAGGGAGCUUCAGGUGCGCCUGGACAUCUGGCACUUCAUGCGGCGUUUUGCAGCAGGAGUCACCACUGAGGCUCAUCAGCUGUAUGGAGUAUUCAUGGCUGGACUGUCCAGGUGCAUCUUUGAGCUGGAUCCAGCUGAUGUUGCUGCUCUUAGGCUGGCCAAGCAGGGGCAGCUUCUGGCCCAGGGAGUUGGUCCAGUCUCUGAGAAGGCCCUGGACCAGAUGAUCACCAGGAGGGAGUUGGCUCUUCAUUGCCGCAAGAGGACCAGGGGAGCAGAGGAGACCGCCAGGAGGAUCAAGGCCCUGGUCGAUGAGAUGGACAGUGAGAAGGGGAGGGACACUCUGGGAGUGCCCCUGGUGGACCACGAGCGCAUUCAGCAGGUCUGGAAGGACCAGCAGAGACACAUCACCUGUAUUCAGGACCCAGAGGGCUUCUCUCUGUACCUGAAGACAGGGAGGCCAUGGACCGACUUAGCCGCAAGAUCCUCAAGAGGCCCUUGGACGAGCGCUACCAGCCUCCUGGGUCAUAUACAGGCAAGAAUGAUUAACCUUAGCUCAGACGUGUUGGCAGAAGAAAAAACUGUUCUAGUGGUUUCUCUGGAGAUGCAUCCAUGGUUUUCUGAUGCUGACGUCUUUCCACCAACCAACACUGACAUGCAGCGCUAAAAGGAAUCCUCCAUUUUAAAAGCACAGAAACCAAAGCAACACAUUUAGUGGUAAAAUAUGUUUUUAUUCUUCCUGAUGAAUAAACAAAGUUUCCUGUCUGUACAGGAAAGAGCCUGGAGUUUCAUCACUUUCUACUUCCACUUUUAUUACUUUUUACUUUCCACCACUAUGGAGUGCAUGUUUGAAUACUUCC